CUCUUUCUUAAAUUAGAAUAGCUGUUUAGAUUUCUCAGCUCGUAAUACGACUGAAAACGUCAUUCUCUGUUGUAAUUUAAACAGGAAAUGUUUGGUUCGCUUUGAAUAACAGAUUGAAAUGUCCAUGUUGUUUCAACUCUGUGUGUGUAUCUUGUUGUUUUUGAUCGGUUUCUCAGAGGCAGUGAUAUCCUGCUUAAAUGAGAAUGGUCAGCCGGUUGACUGGUUUAUUAUUUACAAACUUCCCAUUUACAAGAUGGAUGUUAAGGGAAGUGGAGUAGAUUACAUGUAUCUGGAUCCGUCCGUCAUGGAUUUUCAGAUGAGUAAAAAUAUAGUCAACAGCAGCAAAGGAGCUUUAGGCAGAACAUUGACACAGCUUUACUCUGGAUAUACAUCCAACAGCUCAGUCUAUAUGCUUUACAAUGACGCGCCACCAGAACUGAAGUACCCAAGCAAGUAUGGACAUACAAAAGGAGUGCUGAUGAUUGACCAGUCUCAGGGAUUUUGGCUCACACACAGUGUUCCUCAUUUUCCUCCAUUUCCAGAGAGAAAUUACAGUUACCCAUCUACAGGAAAAUACUACGGCCAGACUCUGCUCUGUAUUACAUACAACUAUUCACAGUUCCCUCAAAUAUCAUUGCAGUUAGCAUAUCUUAAUCCACGUAUGUAUAACUGCUCUGUCCCUGGGGCAUUUCGCCAAGAUAUUGCUGAAAUGGCUCAAAUUUGUGAUGGUAAAACACCGGCCUUAAAAAACAGGAGGAGUCUGCAGAAGCUGAAAUCAGUUGGAGGACAAACUUUUUUCAGUUUUGCCAAAUCACGCAACUAUGUGGAUGAUAUUUACACAGGUUGGGUGGCUCAAGCAUUGGGGACAGAUCUGCUGGUGGAAUCGUGGCUGCACCAGGCACAUCAACUCCCCUCUAACUGCUCACUUCCCCGGCAUGUGAUGAACAUUAACAGAGUUUGUCUCCCAGGACCUCAGAUGUUCAGAAGCUACGAGGAUCAUUCUAAGUGGUGUGUGUCCUAUGCUUUUAAAGACCAGUGGAUAUGUCUGGGGGACUUGAACAGAGACAGUGGUCAGGCUGGCAGAGGUGGUGGUCUAAUAUGUUCUCAAAACUCAAUAAUUUAUAAAGCUUUCCGUCAGGCCAUGGCCGGGUAUAAACACUGCUGAAAAAUACUUUCAGUAGACUUAACCAGCUCUGGACUUUGGAGCAUGAAUUACUAUAUGACGGGGUUUUAUACAAGUUUUGACUUGAACCUAGAUGUAAUU